UCUAUCCCGACCCCCACCCCCUUCACCCCUUUCUCCUCUCUCUCCUUCUGUAUCCUCGAUCUAGAGCAAUCUCCUGACACCUGAGGGAAGUGCUGAGGAGAGCUGAGCAACCGAGGAGAAGAAAGAAGAGGGGGGAAGUGGAGGGGCUGGGUGCCGGAGCGGAGGGGCUGAGCCCCCCGGGCACGGGCGGGGCUGCUGCUUCUUCCGCAUGGCUCCUCGAUGAGGAGGCCAUCUGAGCUCGGGCAGCGUUGGAAGGAGAGUCUGGGACUCUGGGAAUUGACCUGGCAAAAAAGCCCAUCAGUGUGGAAGAGUUUCCAUGAGAUGAUCUUUGCAGGAUUGGGUCUAAAAAAAAGGCCUGGGCCAAUUUGAAUAUCUCCCUUGGAGUUCCUUGCCAGAAUGGGGUUUUCUGAGACACUCUUCCUCCAAGUGACAGACGACGCUCGAGACACUUCUCCAGAUGGCCUUUUCCAGGAAACUGUUGAAACAUUAAGCCCCAGGCUUUGCUGGGGCAGAAUUGCUGGUGGAGCUGGCAACCACCAUGGAUGAUGAAAAUAUCCCUCCAUUACCAUCAGUGGAAGGCAGUGCCUUCCACAGCCCAAUUCUGGGACCUCAGUUCAGCAGAGAGAAGCUGUUGAGAGAAGAGUCCACAAAAGAACAGUUCACCUCUUCAGAUGGAUCCAAAGAAGACAAGAGCUCAAGCAGAGAGAGUGGGGACAGCAGUGGGGACACUUGCCUGAGUGAGCUUCCAGAGCAUAGGAAAAGGACAAAAACCCUAGCCUGUGGGGACAGUGAUGAGGGCAGGGAUGGUGACCUCUGUGAUUUAUCAUUCAUGAACAAUGUGUCCUUGGGGUUUGGGCCAGGUCAAGUGAUGGACUUGGAUAGUGCUGAAGCUCCCAACAUGAGUGGACACAAUGACUGUUGGAGGGAAAGAGAACUUGAGAAAGAGAAAGCCCCUUAUAAGAAGUCUAUCCUGGGAUAUCAGCAGCCACUGAACAGUGCUCCAGGGAGCCCUUAUCCUGAAGUCAGGCUGUUUGAGGAGCCAGACACCAGUGAGUGCCAGGAGGAUGGAGAGUCUUUCCCCUUUAAGGACAUCCGGGAUGGUUUUAGCUCCACUUUUGAAAAGAUUGUGGAGUCAGAGCUCAUGAAAGGGACAUACUAUAGCAGCCUGGACUCCUUGGAUGUGCUGAGUCUCACUGAUGAGACUGAUAGCUGUGUCAGCUUGGAGGUGCCCCUCACCCCACUCAUUCAACAGCGAGUCAAGGAGAGCCCAGAGCCGACUGAGAUCCGGCCAGAGGACAGGGAUGGGGAUGGAGGGGAGACCAUAGAUAGGCAAGUUGGGGCUGAGGCAGGGUUGGUAGAUGGGGACUUUGGAAGUCCCCUGAGACACUCCAUUACCAGCAGCCGAUCAGAAAAUGUCCUGAGCCGACUCUCUCUCAAGGUUGUUCCCAAUGGCUACCAUGCUACCACCACUCAGGAUACAGAAGAAGAGGAAGAGGAGGAGGAGGAUGAUACAACCAAACUUAUUAAUUCUGUCAGUGAUCCAAGUUUGAAGGAUGCACUAUCAGACUCUGAUUCUGACCUGGGCAGCAUGGAGCAACUGGACCAUGGGAGUACAGACACAUUGGCCAAUGGAUGCCAGGCAGUCAAUGAGGCAGCCAAGAGGUUAGCCCGACGCCUCUACCACCUGGAGGGUUUCAAACGCUGUGACAUUGCCCGCCAACUCAGUAAGAACAAUGAAUUCAGCAGACUGGUAGCUGAAGAGUAUCUCAGCUUCUUUGAUUUCUCAGGCCUGAGCCUGGAUAGAGCACUCAGAACCUUCCUAAAGGCCUUUCCUUUGAUGGGGGAAACUCAGGAGAGGGAGCGAGUUCUUACCCACUUUUCCAGGAGAUAUCGCCAAUGUAACCAGGGAGAGAACACCUCAGAAGAUGGGAUUCACACACUUACCUGUGCCCUGAUGCUGCUCAACACGGACUUGCAUGGACAUGUGAACAUCGGCAAGAAGAUGUCCUGCCAGCAAUUCAUUGCCAACCUGGAUGGGCUGAAUGGUGGACAGGAUUUUGCCAAGGAUCUGCUGAAGACACUAUACAAUUCCAUUAAGAAUGAAAAGCUGGAGUGGGCCAUCGAUGAGGAGGAGCUGAGGAAGUCAUUGUCCGAGCUGGUGGACGACAAGUUCGGGCCUGGGGCCAAGAAGGUGACCAGGAUCAUAGAUGGCAGCAACCCCUUCCUGGAUAUCCCUCAGGCGCUCAACGCUGCCACCUACAAGCAUGGUGUGCUCACCCGCAAGACCCAUGCUGACAUGGAUGGCAAGAGAACCCCCCGAGGUCGACGAGGGUGGAAGAAGUUCUAUGCGGUUCUCAAAGGAACCAUCCUUUAUCUACAGAAGGAUGAAUACAAGCCAGAUAAAGAUCUCUCAGAAGUGGACCUGAAGAAUGCCAUUCGUGUACACCAUGCGCUGGCCACCAGGGCCUUGGACUAUAGCAAGAAGUCCAAUGUACUGAAGCUAAAGACAGCUGACUGGAGGGUAUUUCUCUUCCAAGCACCGAGCAAGGAAGAGAUGCUUUCCUGGAUCCUUCGAAUCAACCUGGUGGCUGCCAUUUUCUCUGCCCCUGCCUUCCCAGCUGCUAUAUGCUCAAUGAAGAAGUUCUGUAGGCCCCUUCUGCCUUCCUCUACUACACGUCUGUGCCAGGAAGAACAGCUGAGAUCCCAUGAAAACAAGAUGAGGCAGAUCAUGGCUGAGCUCACAGAGCACAGGAUGCACCCGGCUGAGAAAAAUGUCAAAUCAAAGGAGGCAGAGGAGUACCGGUUGAAAGAGCACUAUCUGACAUUCGAGAAAAGUCGCUAUGAAACAUACAUCCAUCUCCUGUGUGUGAAGAUCGAAGUGGGCUCAGACGAUCUGGAGCAGAUUGAAGCCAGGCUGGCCGCAGUGGAGGCCGAAGACCUCUCCUUGAGGAAGACACACUCCAGCCCUUCCCUCAGCCAGGGCCAUGGCCCCAUGCAAAGGGAUGUCACAGAGCCCAGCGCUUGACUGGGAUAUGUGGACAGGCCACCAUAGCAGGGCUACCUGUUGUUCUGCCCCAGGAGGUCAGGGGGCACAAUUCUGCCCUGAAACCCUCAUGGACUGGGCCAGCCCAAGGACUCUGGUUGGGCCAGGGCCCAGGAGCCUGAGAAGCUGUCAUUGUCAAGGUGUUGAUCCUCUUCCCUACUCCAACAUCUCUGGGUCCUCAACUCUUUCCUAACCCACAGAGAACUCUCUGUGGGGACCCUCCAUCCCCACAGAGAGGCUUCUUAUUUUGAUGGGAAUUUGCGUCCCUGCCAUAAAGCUCAUAGUUUAGGAGAUGAGGGACCUUGCUCUUUCCAAGUGCCCCAACUCCCAAUUCUUCUCAUUGGGUUUCUCCCUCCUCUUCCCACCCCUGUCCUAUUCCUAGUCCCUCUUGCUAUGGGCAGAUCCUAUCAAAUUAAAAAUGAUCCUCCUUGUCCCACCUUCCCUUCACAAAGACAAGCAGCCACAGGUCUGCGGCUACAUGCAGCAUCUCCCCCCCCCAAAAAAAAAAAAAACCUCUCCUCUUUCACCCCAGGACAUCCCUCACCAUUCUCCUGCCCUCAUUCUCCUCUCCACCCUGUCCUGACCUGCUGCAGCAGAGGCCCCAUCAGAGCCUGCCACCUCACUCCUAUUCCAUAAUCCAGGCCCAGUGACAUUCCUCUCACGGUGUCAAGCUGCCCCUGCUUCAUGCCUGUGAUUAUUCUAUCCAUUCAAAUAGGAAACACUAUGGCCUUACACAUACACACACAUACAUAUACACACUUGAUAUUUCCUAAUGAUGUAGGAGAGAGGAAAAAGAAAAACACCAGAUGUAAACCCUUUCUACAAGGAUCUACCUGUUAUAGUGUCCCCUGAAUGUGUCCAAAAGCCAGGGGCUCAGCAUCUCCUCAGCGGUCUGGCACCUCGAGGGGGGAGAGGGGUUGUUCUUGGGGCUGCUGGGACUGUUCCCUGUUUGUCCUUGCAGCCACUCUGGCUUUAGCUGUGACACAUACUGCUUUACUGUCCAUGCUUUGGAAAUAAAUAGACAGAGCCUA